AUGAGCGGCUUUGUUUCACAGAUUCCAUCUAUGGCGCUUCUCGGAUCCGGCUUCACCAGCGAGCUUCUGUGGAUGAUUGGUAUUUUGGAUUACUUUCUGUAUCCGAUUGGAGAAGCGGAUGUUUUCAAAUUUGAUGUAUACAUGAUUUGGAUUGAGGGAUAUAAUUGUGUUAUCGCAGGUUGGGUUACGUGUAUUGCUUUCUCCACUUGGUUCCAAUAUCGUACUUCGCACAGCAUGGAAACUUUUGCUGUAUUACCUGAAUCUUGUUUCCUCAGCUGUUCCAUUGGCAUCGGGUUGCCUGUGUACUCCACUUUCAAGGCAAUAGAGAGCAGAGAUGAGAAUGAGCAACGAAAAUGGCUUAUUUACUGGGCAGCUUAUGGUUCUUUCAGCCUUGUUGAAGUGUUCACGGACAAGCUCAUUUCUUGGUUCCCGCUGUAUUAUCAUGCGAAGUUUGCGUUUCUUGUCUGGCUUCAACUUCCCACCAUCGAGGGAGCUAAACAAAUAUAUAACCACCACCUUCGUCCUUUUCUCAUACGACACCAAACUAAAGUGGAUCGCCUUGUGGAUGGAGCAUAUGAGGAAAUGGUCAAAGUCGUUAGGUCACACCAAGGAGAAAUACGGUUUGUGCGAUCAAUGAUAGUCAAAAUCUUGGGAUCAGGCAAUGAAGUUGCAACACCAAGACAACGACAAGGAGAAAUCACAAGCAUUAGCCCCGAACCGGCAACAAACCGAGACUCAGAAUCUGAAUCCGAUCACGAAGACUAG